AUGUGCAUGACCUGCUGCCCGGGCAUGUUCACCGGAAUCACAGCUCCAUGGCAGAUGUAUCCCGUGGGUAUUGCAUUUGGCUUGGGCUUUGAUACCUCGAGCGAAGUUGCAGUACUGGCCAUGGUCGGCCUUUCCCAUAGCCUUGCACACCCAGUGUUCAUCAUGCUCCUCCCGCUGAUGUUCUUGGCGGGCAUGUGUCUUAUAGACACUAUCAAUGGAUUUCUUAUGGCUUUGGUCUACGGAUCUGGAGCCGACGGCAGCAUGCAGCGACUGUACUACAACAUGUUCUUGACAGCAAUAUCCGCUGUGAUCGCCUUAGCCGUCGGGGCGCUAGAGCUGCUGGGUGCUUUCGCAACGCACGAAGGUCUCCACAGCACGUCAUGGAAAUUUAUCGUGGAGCUCAACAACAACUUCGAGAUAGUCGGAAUGAUCAUCAUCUUGUUCUUCUUGUCAAGUGCGGCCACAGCCUUUUGCUGCUUCAAGUUUGCCUUCCCCGACGGCAAGGCCCCAGAACCAGUACGCCAAGACCUUCUGAAAUACAUUCAGCAAGGGGAGUUCAUCGACCGAUCGGGAGUUUGA